AAUGCAUAUUAAAUAUCAUUUUAGAGUAGUUCUUAGAAAGGAUUUGAUAGAAGAUAAUAAUAGUUCAAGAUCAUCAUCUCCCGAGAUAGAUGUUGUUAACACUAGGGAAGAUGCUGUGCUUGGUGAUGAUUCUAAGAAAAGAAAAAGAAAAAAGCCAGAAGUCGAUGAACUAUCCUUACGUAAAUUUUUCGAAGCCGGCGGCAGAGACUAUAAUGAAUAUUUGGAAUGGCGAAAAAAUAACGGUACCUUUCCACCGACUCUUUCUACCCCUACCGAGCCCAAAGUUCGCAAGGUUAAUAAGAAAAAAACGCCCACACCGCCGCCUCCUCCCCCUUAUCGACCGGCGACUACUAUGUAUUAUACUCAAGCCGGUCUUCCAUUAAAUCUCCCUGCAACUCAAUCCUAUCAUCCCAUGUUCAUGUAUAAGAAUUCAUAUAGAGCUCCUACUUCGCCAAAGUCUAGUUCAAAGGAUGAUUCGGCAUUAGAUCUAAGUACUAAAAAACUGAACGAUAGUGGUUUUGAAGAGGAACAUUCCAAUUCCGUUCUUGAAUGGAAUGUGGAUAAAGUAUGCGAUUUUGUUCACAACGUGUCGGAUUGCAGUGAAUAUGUGAAUGUAUUCAAAGAGCAUAAAAUUGAUGGAAACGCCCUUCCGCAUUUGUCGGACGAACAGAUGGUAAAGUGCAUGGGAAUGAAAAUGGGUCCCGUAAUAAAACUACGAUUAGCCAUUUCUAAAUUAUUACCAAGCGAAGAAAAAGGAUCACCACACUAA